AUGGCAGCUCAACUUUAUAAAACGGAAUCGGGUCAUUUAUUUCAUGCAGGAAGGAUAGCAGUAAUUACCGUAGGUUUACCCGCAAGAGGAAAGACACAUGUCGCGUAUUCAUUGUGUAGAUAUCUUCGGUGGUUAGGAGUUAGUACUAAAGUAUUUAGUGUUGGAAAUUAUCGUCGUGUAUUAAUGGGCGCUGCGGCCAGUUUGCCACCUGAUUUUUUUAGUCCAGGAAAUCAAGAAAGUGUCGAAUUGCGACAUAAUAUUGCAGUGGGAUGUUUGAAUGAUUUGAUAAAAUGGUUAAAUGAAGGAGGUCAAAUUGGAAUUUUUGAUGCUAGUAAUACUACUGAAGCAAGACGCAAAGAAGCACAUGAUACAUUGGUUGCUCAUGGUAUUCAACCUGUUUUUAUUGAGUCGAUUUGUGACAAAAAGGAAAUCAUUGAUAGCAAUAUUCGAAGCGUAAAGAUAACUUCACCUGAUUAUCUUGGUUGGGAUCCCGAAGAUGCUGUUAAAGAUUAUUGGACACGUAUAAAUAAUCAUCUUGGAUUCUAUCAACCAAUUACUGACAUGUCUUUAAGUUUUGUUAAAAUGAUUAAUGUCGGAGAACGCAUUAUUGUAAAUAAUGUGAAAGGAUAUUUACAGUCAGGAGAAUCAUAUAAUGAAAUUUCUCGUAAAGCUGAUGCAGAUUUAAGUCCCUCUGGCAAACAAUACGCGUACAAAUUGAAAAAUUUCAUUCUAUCAUUAAGGGAAAAGGAAAAGAAAGAGCGAAAAGAACAAGGAUGGGGUGAUGAUGAAAGAACUUUAACGAUAUGGACUUCAACUAGACAACAUGCUGUUCAAACAGCAAAACCUUUUGAGGAAGAAGGUUAUGUUGUUCAACAAAGAGCUUCGAUGGGAGAACUUAAUCUUGGAUUUGUAGAUGGGUUAACUGUUGAAGAAAUUAAAAAAAAAUUUCCCGAAGAAUAUGAAAGGCAACAAAAAGAUAGAUAUCAUCAUAGAUAUCCAAUGGCCGAGUCAUAUCUUGAUCUCGCUGUUCGUCUUGAAGCUACUAUUCUCGAACUUGAACAUGAGAAAAAUGAUGUCUUAAUCAUUGCUCAUGAAACGGUUCUAAAGUGUUUAUAUGCAUAUUUAUUUGAUCGACCUGAAGAUGAAAUACCAGGAAUUGUUAUACCACGAAAUUAUUUAAUUGAAAUAAUCCCAUCUGCUUACGGAUGUCGUGAAACACGUUGGGAGAUAGUUGAUGAUUCUUUUCCAGUUUUAUCAAAAUUAAAAAAUAUAACACACACAAAUUAA